CAUUAGAUAAGAAAGGUGACUCCACCGGACUUAACCUAAUUUUAGUGUUUUAAAAUAUCCAAAUUGCGGUUAAAGUUGGACUUUUAACCGCAUACAAACAGUGAUAUUCGAUAAACGCACAUACUACCAUAAUCUCAAACCAUGGUGGUCUCAGAGGAUCCGCAGGCCGCAGCAGAGGGCGACACCGUCAGCAAGAAGGCGGCGAAAAAGGCUGCCAAGGCUGCAGAGAAACAGCAGAAGAAGGCUGAGCACAAGGCAUCGUCAGAGCAGCCUGCAGCCGCCAGCGAAGAAGACGUGUCAGCAGGCCGCUACGGCGCUUACAAACUGCUGCAGUCGGCCGGGGAGCACCGCGACCGCGUGUAUAAAGACGUGGUGGACCUCUCGCCGAAGGACCAUGGCGCUUCUGUGUGGGUUAGAGCUCGCCUCCAAACAUCGCGAGCUAAAGGCAAGCAGUGCUUCGCAGUGCUGCGACAGAGUUUCAGCACAGUACAGCUGUUAGUCAGCGUGAACGAAGACCGGAAAGUCAGCAAGCAGAUGGUCAAGUUUGUUGGCAACAUCACCAAAGAGUCCAUAAUCGACGUGCACGCGACCGUCGUCAAGACAGCGUCUCCAGUGGAAGCCUGCACCGUCGGUUCAGUGGAGCUGGCCGCAGACGAAGUGUGGGUGGUUUCGGCGGCGCGCGCGCAACUGCCAUUGCAGAUAGAAGACGCUGCGAGGCCUGAGAAGAACGACGACCCAGAGGCUCUACGGAUCCGCGUGAACCAAGACACUCGCCUGGACAACCGCGUCCUAGACCUGCGUACUCCCGCAAACCAGGCCAUCUUCAGAAUCGAGGCCGGCGUGUGUCGCCUGUUUAGAGACAUACUCACUAAGAAAGGCUUCGUCGAGAUCCACACGCCUAAGAUAAUUUCCGCGGCGUCCGAAGGCGGCGCUAACGUGUUCACUGUGUCUUACUUCAAGUCCAACGCGUACUUGGCGCAGAGUCCGCAGCUAUACAAACAGAUGGCCAUCGCGGCGGACUUUGAUAAGGUGUUCACAGUAGGUGCAGUCUUCCGAGCUGAAGACUCCAACACGCACCGGCACCUCACAGAGUUCGUGGGUCUUGACCUGGAGAUGGCCUUCAAGCACCACUACCAUGAGGUAGUGGACACCAUCGCGCAGACCUUCACUGAUAUGUUCCGGGGAUUGAGAGACGAGUUUGCAGCGGAGAUAGCGACGGUGGGGCAGCAGUACCGCGUGGAGCCCUUCAAGUUCCUCGACCCGCCGCUAAGACUGGAGUUUAGACAGGCCAUCGACAUGCUGAAGGAGGCUGGCGUAACGCAAGGUGAAGAAGACGAUCUAUCCACACCCGAUGAGAAGCUGCUAGGAAGACUGGUGAAGGCUAAAUACGACACUGAUUUCUAUAUCUUGGACAAGUACCCAUUAGCGGUGCGGCCUUUCUACACCAUGCCGGAUCCUAAUAACCCGAAGUCCUCCAACUCAUACGACAUGUUUAUGCGGGGUGAAGAGAUACUGAGCGGCGCGCAACGUAUACACGACCCCGAGUUCCUGACGGAGAGGGCCAAGCACCACGCCAUCGAUAUAAGCAAAAUCGCGGCAUACAUCGAGUCAUUCAGAUUGGGAUGCCCGCCGCAUGCUGGUGGCGGCAUCGGCCUAGAACGAGUGGUGAUGUUGUACUUGGGCCUGGAGAACAUCCGCAAGACGUCCAUGUUCCCGCGCGACCCGAAGCGAAUCACGCCUUAGUUAAGACAGUUUUGUAAUCGUUUGUUUACAAAUAUAUUGUAUUUACUA